GGUGGGUUACCCGGCCCGGAGCGGGCCAGGGGACGGGUGGGCGGAGCAGGGCGGACCAGCCCCGCCCCCGUGACCCGCUGUCCUGUGCCCUCUCCCAGCGAUGGGCAUGCAGCCCCCCAACUUCUCCUGGGUGCUCCCGGGCCGGCUGGCGGGGCUGGCGCUGCCGCGGCUCCCUGCCCACUACCAGUUCCUGUUGGACCUGGGCGUGCGGCACCUGGUGUCCCUGACGGAGCGCGGGCCCCCUCACAGCGACAGCUGCCCCGGCCUCACCCUGCACCGCCUGCGCAUCCCCGACUUCUGCCCACCGGCCCCCGAACAGAUCGACCGCUUCGUGCAGAUCGUGGACGAGGCCAACGCCCGGGGAGAGUAUUUGAUGUGUUUUCUUCGGUGCUCGCCAAUGAAAAGGAUUCAGGUCCAGAGUAGCCUCGCCUCUUGGCAUUCCCAGGUCGCUGAUGCUCACAGGCCAGGAGGCCCCUCCAUGUAGGCCCACCUGCUGCACACGUGUCACCCUUCUCUGGGGGAUGACAACCUGGAUAUCACAGCCUGGAUGUCACACUCACAGAUAAUCACCGUCUCCACCUCUCCGGGGCUGGGCACCUCUUACCAACCUCAGAUGCUGCUCAGCCCAACUUGGGCUCUCUAGCCCACUCUCCUGCCCCACAAUCUCAGGCCAAAGGACCCAGGAACAGAGACAGUCUAGGCAGUUACUAGGAGCAGAGAUUUGGCAAUUAAAUGAAGAGCUCCAGGGCCCUAAAUCUUGGCCACUUUUCUCAGGUGUUAUCUCCACUUGUCCCCUGUUGGAUCCCAUUCUGCCCUCUGGUGGGCCCCGUUUUGUCGGCACCACUACACUUUUGACUUUUGAGAGAUGAGAAGAAUGGCAUACACCCACCAAAUGGACUGUUUGCUGUAGUUCUGCCUGAAUCCCUGUGCUCUCUUCUGCAAUCGCAGGCUGAAUAAGAUAGAAAUUCACCAUAAAAUGUGUGAGUGCCUGUCUGUACCUGUAUGAUUCCUGUUAGAUCUGGAGACCACACGGUGGAAUGAGACAUGAUUCCUGCUCUCAGGAGCUCAGCCUGCUGGAGAAGAUGGGCACAGAUAGAGUCCACCACAGAUAAUAGAUGCUAUUGUAGACAUGCAUUCCAGUCACAGUGGAGACAUAGAGGAGGGGGGUUCAAGGGCUCCCCUGUAGCUCUCAUCUCUUGUAUCCUAGACCAGAGACAGGCCUAGCCACCUGGUCCUCCCUUCUGCUGCUUUCCCCCUUCCACUCCUAACCACCCAGUUCAUCCCUGUACAACUCAACCUUAAACAAAAGAGAUACCAGCUGACGUCCUGCCAAUCUAAGAGAGGUCACAAGAUGCCCUCUCCCCGGUUUUCCUUUAUUUGUCAAAUCUGAGUGAUCAGUUCCUUCAAGCCUAGUCCCCACCUAGCCUACUCAGGUUAGGAUGUCUCCCAAAGAGAUGAAACCCACACAUUCCAGGCAUUCCAGCUGCAACAGAGGAAUGAGAAACAACGCAAAUAGAGGAUGCACUGAAACCCUUACCCUCCUGUCACCAAAAGUUCUGUCUACCCUGCUCACCCCCAUCCACCCCUCCCCCAACAGUAUGGCCCUGUUCUGUUUCUGAUGCAAACCAGAACAUCUUCCAAAGGGGUGUGUGUGUGUGUGUGUUCAUGUGAAGGGAGUAGGGCAUGAAGGGUGUGAAUGGACCACUUGCUGAACCCCUUCCCCCUAGUCUGAGAGCUUACCAGGAUGGAGAGAGAGAGAGUUGUGUGGCACGAAGCUUCCCCCAGUACAUGUCUCCACUCUCAUCCUCACCUGCCAGGCCAUACAACCAAUCCUUGCUUUUUCUACCUCUUUGUUCCUGUGUCACCCCAUCCUCCCCACAUCUCUGCACUGUGGAAGAGGAAUAUGCCCUUCCCUUCCUCCCAAAGCUCCCUCAAAGGAAACAAAAUCUAACCCCAUGAAAGCCCUGUGUACUGCCUCCAUCCCCAUAAUUUAAGCAAGUCUCUGCCUCAAGAGUUCCUUAGGGAAAUACACAUAUAAUUAAGUGCUUAAGGAAACUGCUUUUUAAAUAAGUAAGAGUUGACUUGAAAUGAAAAACUCUGCCCUUGCAUCUACCUGGGAGGUUAGCCUGAGGCUUCCUUUGGGCUCAUUCCCACUCCCAGUUUUUUUUGUCUUCUCACCAAGGCCUCUUAUGUCUAUGGCUACCAAUAAGGGGUAACAGACUAGUCAUGUCCCUUCCCAUUCUACGCUGGAAUAGAUGAUUUGUGCAAGGAACAAGCUACCACCAUCUAAAAAGAACAUUUACCUCAAACCGGGUUUCUCAACUAUUGACUUUGGAAGAGGGUGAUUCUUUGUCGCUGGGACUGUCCUGUGCUUUGUUGGAUCUUUAGCAGCUUGUCUGGCCUCUACUCACUACAUGCCAGUAGCAUGUCCCUCCUCCCCAUAGUUGUGACAACCAAAAAUGUCUCUAGACAUUGACAAGGGUCCCCUGGGGGAGCAAACUCGGCCUCAGUUGAGAUCUGCAUCAGACCAGCAAGCACUAGAUGUGGCCAUGGGCUUUCAUUUCUUCUGAGAGUGGAGGUGGGAACACACUUGGUCUCCUGUGGAUGCACACGUCUUAACAGGACAGAGAGGACCAAACCUCCUACCUUUUCAAGCAAUGUCUGGCAGCCAUCCCCGGUCCCUCAGCCUUUUUCUUGGCUGCUUUCCCCAAACAGUAAUAGAUACCACAAACUUUCCAUAUUCAGGAGACUUUGAUUCUCAAUGAGCUGCUGAUGGGCACAGCUGCAGUAACAUCUACUCCCACCCCCAUGUCUUUUUUUUACGUUUAAUUCAUGUUUAUUCUCUGGUAUGUGAUCAGAGUUCUCUGCUGAACGGAGGCUUCUCUAUCUGGAAAACAUUCCUUAACGUCAUUUGGGCUCUGCAGCAGUCACCUCUUGAGUUCCUCUUUCAGAAAACUGUCCAGAUGCAGAAACAACUGGAAGCAGGUCAGGAGUGACAGCCACACUCUUCUUUGAGAAGAUUCCGCUGCAUCCUGAUUCUCCCACCUCCACUUCCCCUGGAGGACUCCCUGACUGGGGCCCUUUUGCUCUCUGGGCUCUGGAUUCCAUGACUGCCUCACAAGCCAUGUAUCCCAACACAGGCUUCCUGCUGCAGAGAGUACUGACGUGGGGAAAUAGGCUACACACCUCCCUUGGAUCUAUGCUUGGUCAUCCCCUUUACAUCCUGACCCAUUCAUGACACGGGGGGCUCCUGUCCACAGGAGGCUCAUCACUGCUCUUCCUCUGACUGAGGAGAUGCUCCUCAUCACACCUUCCCACCUGCCCCUCAUUGUCCCCAAGAUCCAGCCUUCCCAGGGCAAUGAUGAGCACAUUACCUGGGGCAGAGAUCUGAUCCUAACCAUAAACCAUUUCCCAGAAUGCACUGCACCAUUUGCCAAGUUUCAAAUCAAAUGUUCUGCUGUCUCUAUCCUGCCAUUCUUUCUGAGAAUUUGGUCUCACAGGAUUGCUUUGUCACAAAACAAUGUCAGUCACCAUAAAUGCAUUUUACAUUUUGUCAUGACUGUACUUUUCUCACUUACAUAAUUGCCGUCAUUUACAAAGUGCUUACCAUAUAGCAGGUGUUUUACAUACAUUGAGUUAUUAUUUUAUCCUUGCAACUCUGCAAGUCACUCCCCCUUUUUAUAGAUGAAGGAACUGAGAUUUAGAUAAGUAACAUGCCCAAAGCCACACACUGCUGAUGGAGCUGGGAUACAAACUCAAGUCGUAACUUCAGAGUUCGUGUUUCUUUGACCAGACAUCCCAUUUGCCAAGACUUUUCCUGGGUCAAGCCCACAAAGGAGCCUGCCUUCAUGAUUAGUCUUGGCCUCAGGGGCCGUCUCAUCAACACGGCUUCCAGUGACCACUCUUUAUUCUCUUAGGAAGCCAAAGAACAACCCCGCAUCUGACACUGAUGUCAGUAGCACCUGAAUUAUGUGCUUCUCCUUAAAAUGUGGCCAGAUGACAUUUUGGUCUGGAUGAUAAAAAGUAAAUAAAUAAUGUGGCCCGAGUGUUUAAGAGCAAAAUAGUGACACUGAUUUAUCAGGGUGGUUCUGUCACAUCCAUUAUUAUCUAACUCAAGUGUACAGAUAUCCUUACCUGGCAUGACAGUCUUAAGGCAUGUGUGUUUGGUAUCAAGCCCUCAAAAAUGUCUUUUUAUAUCUGAUGAUUUACUGAACACCCUAAUACCUUUUCUGGUUUUCUUGUUGUUUGAGCCCGUAAUGCAGGCCAGGGACUGUGCCAAAUGCUUUACAGACAUUAUCUCACUCCAUCCUCAAAACAAAAAAAAACAAAAACCCUAUGAACAAAACAUUACAAUCACCAGUGCACAGAUGGAUAAACUGACCCAGAGCGUUUAAGUGAUCUGCCCGCAGUCACCAAGCUGAACAGGAUUCAAAUUUCAGGCUGUCUAACUCUAAACCACCUUCCCUCUUGGGAGCAGAGAGAAUAGACUUUGUUGUAAUUAGAAAAUAUGUAACAGCAUCUUGUGUUCCCCAGAAUGGAGGCAUCUGGACUCACAGGGCCGUCAGUGGAGCUCCUGAUCCCACAGCCUCCCCGGCCCCGCUGCUCAGUGUUCAGUGGUAUAACUCUGACUUGGGAGGGUGCAGGCUGCCGGCACAGUCGUCAUCUCUAACAGGCUUCUGCCUAAAGCCUCCAACACCAUCAAAAAUAUAAUUCCCUGUUGACUUAGAAAUGAAUUACAUAAGCACUUCUCCCAUUACUUUUAAAUUUUUCUCUGGCUAUUAUGGAUUCGAGGCAUGCUCUUGAGAAGACAGCAUGCUUGUCCAGGCAAGCAGAAAUUUAAGAAACACUUUGGCGCGUGUCCAUGCCUGAAGUUGAUGACUUAUUUGCAACCUUGAAAAUGCAGUUUUUUCUGCCGAUAAAUUGCUUAAAUUUCUUUGACAACUCUUUCACCCUAUUUGUCCGCUGAUUUACUCGGUCACUGUGGAUAACCAAUUCAUGAUGUUUUCAAUGCGUGGCAUGCAGUAUGGCAAACAGUUCUGGGAUUAUUUCCCUGCUAGCUUUGGUCAACAAAAAGAGUCAAACUCUCAAAUAUUUUAAGAGAUUUAUUCUGAGCCAAAUAUGAGUGACCAUGGCCCGUGACACAGCCCUCAGGAGUUCCUGAGAACAUGUGCCCAAGGUGGUCGGGGUACAGCUUGGUUUUAUACAUUUUAGGGAGGCACGAGACAUCAAUCAUCAAUCAAACACAUUUAAGAAAUCCAUUGGUUUGGUUCAGAAAGGCAGGACAACUCAAAGCAGGUGGGGAGGGGGCUUCCAGGCUAGAGGUAAAUUUAAACAUUUUCUGAUUAACAAUUUCUCAAUUAACAAUUGAGUUUUUCUAAAGACCUGGGAACAGAAAGGAAAUUUUCAGGUUAAGAUAAAAGAUUGUGAGCCAGGUGUGGUAGCUCAUGCCUGUAAUCCCAGCACUUUGAGAAGCUGAGGCAGGAAGAUCACAAGGUCAGGAGUUCGAGACCAGCCUGGCCAAUAUGGUGAAACCCUGUCUCUACUAAAAAUAUAAAAAUCAGCUGGGCGUGGUGGCAGGUGCCUGUAGUCCCAGCUACUCAGGAGGCUUACGCAGGAGAAUCACUUGAACCCAGGAGGCAGAGGUUGCAGUGAGCCGAGAUCACGCUAUUGCACUCCAGACUGGGUGACAGGGUGAGACUCCAUCUCAAAAAAAAAAAAAAAAGAUAAAAGAUUGUGGAGACUAAGGUUUUUUUGAAAUCUUAUAGUGGCUGCUCUUAGAGAUAAUAGAUGACAAAUGUUUCCUAUUCCAACCUUUAAAAGGUACUAGACUCUUAAUCUCUUCAUGAUUGGGAAAGCCUGAAAGAAAAAGAUCUAGCUAUGCUAAUAUUCUUUAUAGAUGCACAUGUCCCCCCACAAAGGGCAGCUUUGCAACACCAUUUCAAAAUAUGGCAAAGAAACGUGCUCUUGGGGUAAAAUAGUUUGACUUUUUUCUUUGUCACAUAAUGUUAUGCGAGAGUCACACUGGAAAGUAAGUCACAAUAUAGAGAGUUGAAUAAAACCCAUCUGAUGAGAAUUUAUGGUUUGAAGGUCAUGACUCCCAGGCCCAUUAAAUAGGAAUUUAGGAAAGAAAAAAUACAUACAUACACCAGAGCUUAACUCUCCCCUUUUUAAAAUUUAAUUUAUUAUUAUUUUUUUAAAUGGAGUCUCACUCUGUCGCCCAGGCUGGAGUGCAGUGGCGCGAUCUCAGCUUGCUCACUGCAACCUCUUCCUCCUGGGUUCAAAUGAUUCUUCUGCCUCAGCCUCCUGAAUAGCUAGCUGGGACUACAGGUGCAUGCCACCACACCCGGCUAAUUUUUUGUAUUUGUAGUGGAGAUGGGGUUUCACCGUGUUUGCCAGGAUGGUCUCUAUCUCCUGACCUGUGAUCAGCCUGCCUCGGCCUCCCAAAGUGCUGGGGUUACAGGCGUGAGCCACCGCACCUGGCCAGUCCUCAUGUUUACAGUAAACAUACUACUGUAUCUUCUUGAAAAAUACACAUUUGACAAUAGUGACUCUACUCCAAACCCAGAGUGACCCCAUGGGAACUAUUCAUCUAUGCACCCUCCCACCGGUGACACUGCUUACCUUCUUCAGUAGAUUUUGUGUGUCCUUGGGCUUCCCCACCCCAGUGAAAUGCACUGGUGUGCAUGUUUUCCAUAGGAGCCCUUCAUGAGCUCUAGCUGGGGCUGGGUGCAGCCUAGAGCCAGGGAAGUGAAUUAAAGCAGCCGCAUUGGGAUCAGGCCCACAGACAGAACCACGCCGUCCUUGACCACAACCUGUGAGGACCUGGGGAAUCCAAUCAUUUUCUUCACCUUUUCCCUCACCUCAUGUACUCCCCUCUCCCACAGGCUUUGUUCUCUUUUCUCUACCUGCGCUGGGGGGUCCCCAGAACCACUCUCAGUUGGGAUGAUUUGCUAGGACUCCCAGAACUCAGAAAAGCUGUUGUCCUUUUUUUCCUCUCGAAAUAUUACCCUGUCUUGAUAUACUCUCGAUUAUAGUUCAUUGCAAUGAAAGGAAACCAAUUAAAACCGACAAAAAAGAAAGGUACGUAGGGCGGAGUUCAGAAGAAACUAGUGCAAGCUUCCAGUUGUCCUUUGCCAGUGAAGUCACAUGGACAGAGCUUAAUACUUCCAGCAACAGUGUAUGACAGCUCACACAAAAUACGGCCAGCCAAGGAUGUUCACCUGAGCCUUGGUGUUCAGCAUUUUGUUUUUAGUUUAGUUUUGUUUUGUCUUGUUGGGGGGCAGGGGGGCAGUCAGUCAUGCAGCAUUCACAUGACAGAGGUCAGACUGAAACAGCCUGGCCCAAAGCAGCCUAGGCAUAUAAACAGGUGCUCACCAUCAAUCACACUGUUAGCAGAAAUGAUCAGGCCUCGCUCAUGGUCUCAGGUAUACAAAGACAUUCUUACCAUGCAGGAUAUUCGAGGGGUUCAGAGGUCUCAGGAGCUAAUCAAAGGCAGUCGGACCCUUGGAAUGUGCAGGGUUUGGGCAAUCCUGGCCUGCUGAGUGGAUCUUUCACUGCACACUUUUUUUUUUUUUUUUUUUUUUUGAGACGGAUUUUCGCUCUUGUUACCCAGGCUGGAGUGCAAUGGUGCGAUCUCUGCUCACUGCAACCUCCGCCUCCUGGAUUCAGGCAAUUCUCCUGCCUCAGCCUCCUGAGUAGCUGGGAUUACAGGCACGUGCCACCGUGCCCAGCUAAUUUUUUGUUUUUAGUAGAGACGGGGUUUCACCAUGUUGACCAGGAUGGUCUCGAUCUGUUGACCUCAUGAUCCACCUGCCUCAGCCUCCCAAAGUGCUGGGAUUACACACUGCACACUACUUUUACUGCAUUAUUGCACACUCAUUAUGUCCUCUCCACAUGACAGUCUGGGCACAUGGGAUGCUUCCUUCUCCAGCUCUUUGCCUAGCUCCCAACUCCUACUGACCCCUUCUGGUCCUAGUUUAAACAUCACUUUUUCAGGAAAAGGUUUCCAACAGGCCCCCAGGUGUUCCCAAAGUAUCUGGUCCUACUUUGAAGCCUUUUGCUCACCAAUAAUAAUUCAAUUAGUCAUUUACUGUUUCUCUGUCCACUGCUACAGUCUAAGGACCAUGUGCAUUCCUGUAACACUUAAGGCAACGCCUGGCACAUAGAUAUUCAAUAAACAGGUGGUGACUGACUAACAUGCUGUCACUUACCUAUCUGCACAUAGGUGAAUAAAUGGGAAGAAAAUAAUACCUGUAAUGGAUGGAUCAUCUAGUGGAGACAUACAUGGCAUUAUGUACCCUCCUAAGUAUAAAUGCAAAGUUGGAUACAAUUAGCCAAUAUGCAAUGCAUAAAUAUUUAAGCAAUGUUAUAGUGAUUGAAGAGAUAAGAGGAGCGAAAUUUGAAAAGAUGAACCUUCAAAGAGACGUGAAGGGUGAGGUUGGAUAGCCUAAAGGGAUAUACAAAUGCCAGAUGCUAUUAAAAACACCAAUGUUAUGUGCUGAGUGCAGAGUCCACAGAGGGAGCUUUAGACAGAGGGGUGAACAGGAUAAGGGGGUAUCAGUGAAAGGAAAGAAAGAGAUGGGGAGUCGAUUGGCGUAGAUAAGGUACAAACCUCAUCCAGUGGGAAGCAGGAAACACAGAGUUAGGUGAAGAUAGUGAAGGGGCAGCAGAAACUCAUGCCAAAGGGUUUGGAUCAUAUCUGAUCAACAGUGUGGAGUCACCACAGUUUUCUGAGUAGAGGACUUGUCACUAGGUCCAAUUUUUUUAAGUGAGACUGUGACAGCAUGGCUCUGUUACUUAGCCCCAAUACGGUGCAUUAUGAUUUAACACUGCCGAAGAGAGACGGGAUCUCACAGCUGCUGAUUUUUAAGGCUUUUCAGAAGAUGAGAGUUAAGUAAGAACCUGCUUUUCCAGCUUGCUGGAAGUUAAUGACUUCGAUGUUUUGCAAAAGAAAGUAAAGGGGUUGUUAAGUCAGAGUGCUCACCCUCCGGGCCUGCGGGUUAGGAUUUUUUAAUGCUUUUCAAGUGGGAAAAGAUCUCAAGUGAGUGUCAUCCCUGCAUGCUAGAAAUAUAUGUCUUUCAGACAGCAGCUGGCACAGCCUCCCGCACACCCACUGCUCUGCCUGAUUCACUGCAGUCACAUUUUAAAUCUUGGAAUGUUGCCGUAACUCAGUUGACCCAAUUCACAGGUCCACAGAGGCAGCGACCCUGGUGCUGCACCUCAACCCAGCACCUUGUUAUUUCUCCCUCUUGCCCCAGGUCAGGGGGUGUCCUGAGCCUUCAAACUUUUUGCCUCAGUUGCAUCCCUACUCUUUCCCCCUCUCUGCCACUUUGUCUGUCCACUUCCCCUCAAACCUGUCUUCUCUUCUCCCAAUAGGGAUCCAUUUGUUAAGCACUAAGGAGCCACACAAACCAGGUCCUGUGUUUUUUC